UUUUUUCUUCUCUGCUCGCGCUCAAGCUCCGCUCCUUGCUGCUCGUUCCUCCGUCGCUCUGUGAAUAGGGUUUCCCUUUUAUAGGGAAACCCUAGGGCGAGUUCUCUUCAAUCGGGUGGGAUCCAGCUGGAUCCCACCACAGCUCCGUAGGCGAACUUCGAACAGGCUAGUUCGAGACCCAGCAGGUGAGAUCUACGCUAGCUGUCUUCCACCGCGCAGGCGAGCUCUACAUCCGCCAACAGACGAGCUCCAAUCUCGCCUUCAAACCUCACCAUCAGGCGAGCUCCCGCAUCUGCCCUCACCUACAGAUCUGUAAGUGAGCUCAAACCUCGCCAUCAGGCGAGUUCACCACAGGCGAGUGACUCGCCUCUCCACGCAGGCAAUCUCCUCAACCGCGUCAGGCGAUCUCUGAGUCCUCGCCUUGUCUGCGCCGUCGUCGUCGAGGAUGACAAAUAGAUCCGUAGCCAACUCUCCCCAUGCAUGGAAAAUCUUAACCGGGUGCAGAUCAAUCCUACUCCUACCAUUGGUACAAUGCCGUAAUUUAUGAAGCUGUGCGUUGCCAUCCCUAAGUCUUGCGUGGACCACGACAAAACUCAUCUUGAUGGGCUUUUCAUUUUGCAAUAAAAGUCCUAUCAUGGGCCAGACCGCUCGUGCGCUGCUGGCCAAGCCCGGCCCCAGACUCCCAACUUUCCAAAGAAAAGCAAAGCUCUUAACAAACAGGCGAGCAAAGAGCACGGCACGACAGCAGUAAGCCUUAGAAUGCAUCACCACCUCCCUUUAUAAUCCCCACACCUCCUCUCCGUUCUCACCACCCCAAAACAUACCAAACAAACGAAGCACAGGGGCCAUGGCAUCGGAGAAAGUCGAGACGAUCGUAGCAGGAAACUACGUCGAAAUGGAGAGAGAGACCGAAGACACGGAGAGUUCGAAGAGCAAGCUCUCCAAGCUCUUUUGGCACGGCGGCUCAGCCUAUGACGCUUGGUUCAGUUGUUCUUCUAACCAGGUGGCUCAGGUGCUGUUGACAUUGCCAUACUCGUUCUCUCAGCUAGGGAUGGUGUCAGGGAUCCUGUUUCAGUUGUUUUAUGGGCUAAUGGGAAGUUGGACUGCUUAUUUGAUAACCGUACUCUAUUUAGAGUACAGGACUAGAAAAGAGAGGGAGAAAGUAGAUUUUCGGAAUCAUGUAAUACAGUGGUUUGAGGUUCUCGAUGGGCUCCUGGGCAAGCACUGGAGAAAUAUAGGACUCCUCUUCAACUGCACUUUCCUUCUCUUUGGAGCAGUUAUCCAGCUAAUUGCCUGUGCAAGCAAUAUUUACUACAUAAAUGACAGCUUAGAUAAGAGGACAUGGACAUAUAUUUUUGGGGCAUGUUGUGCAACAUCAGUGUUCAUCCCCUCCUUCCACAAUUACAGAAUGUGGUCAUGUCUUGGCCUCAUAAUGACAACUUACACUGCUUGGUACCUAACAAUUGCGUCUUUACUCCACGGCCAGGUCGAAGGAGUGCAGCAUUCGGGACCCAGCAAGAUGGUGCUAUACUUCACGGGAUCAACCAACAUUCUCUACACAUUUGGAGGCCAUGCUGUUACAGUCGAGAUUAUGCAUGCGAUGUGGAAGCCGCAGAAGUUUAAGCUCAUAUACCUGGUGGCAACAUUGUAUGUGCUGACCCUGACCUUGCCCUCUGCCUCUGCAGUGUACUGGGCAUUUGGGGAUAUGCUUCUAGAUCAUUCUAAUGCCUUCGCUUUGCUCCCAAGGAGUGGGUUCAGGGAUACUGCGGUUAUCCUCAUGCUCAUUCAUCAGUUUAUAACCUUCGGUUUUGCUUCUACUCCACUCUACUUCGUAUGGGAGAAAGCCAUCGGCAUGCAUGAGACCAAGAGUUUGCUGAAGAAGGCCCUCGCAAGGCUCCCUGUGGUGAUCCCUAUAUGGUUCCUCGCAAUUAUAUUCCCAUUCUUCGGCCCCAUAAACUCCACCGUUGGAUCUCUCCUUGUGACCUUCACGGUGUACAUAAUUCCGGCCUUGGCUCACAUGGUAGUCUUUGCUCCAGCUUCAGCAAGAGAGAAUGCUGUGGAGAGGCCUCCGAAGUUCUUAGGAGGCUGGGCUGGUUUGUACUCAAUGAACUGUUUUGUGGUGGUUUGGGUAUUGGUGGUUGGAUUUGGAUUUGGGGGUUGGGCAAGCGUGGUUAAUUUCAUACGUCAAGUUGAUACAUUUGGACUAUUUACCAAGUGUUACCAAUGCCCUCCUAGGCAUUAGGGAGAUGUACAUCCCCUCUACUCGCCAAAAUUGGAGGAAAAAAAAAAAAGCUAAGGGAUAAACAAGUAUUUUGAGAGUGCGUUUGAAAGUAUUGUGUAAGUUCUAGAUUGUAUGUAUUCACUGAUGAAAUGUGAGGCUUGCUCAAGAGACGAGAAGAUUUUUUUUUUUUUUAAUCUUUUUAGAUUCCUGUUAUGUUCUAUCAUUUUAACGGAUAUCGCUACUAAUUAUCAAUCAAGGUGUUGCUUUUAUUUCA